AUGUUGAAUCUACGGAUUAUUUUCUUCAAUGCUUGUAAGAAACCAAUUCUUUCACAAUCGAUACUCAUCCUGAAAAUAUUUCACGAUCAAUGGCUUUCAUGUAAACUUCAUUUUAAAUUUUUUGCCUUCUUCACUUCCCCUCUGUUCCUAUCUAUCUAUCUAUCUAUCUAUCUAUCUAUCUAUCUAUCUAUCUAUCUAUCACACUCUGUUCAAAUUUAUCUAUCUAUCUAUCUUGAUCUAAUAUACCUAAGAGUAUUUAGCAAAACCAUCCGUCUGAUGCCUAAGAUACGCUUCCUUUUCACAGCUUAUAGAUCCGGUAAAUGCAACAGUGAAGAAUUUUCUUGUGACAAUCAUUGUCUUUCCAAUUCUUUAAAAUGUAACAGUCAACCAAACUGUUACGAUAAAUCCGAUGAGGACAACUGCGAUUCCUCUGCUGGCAGUGAAAUCCCGUAUCAUGCUAUAAUACUUGGUUCCAUCGGCUUUGUCUUGAUUAUUAUCGCGUUAAUUUCUGUCUGCUUCACCUUACGGCACAAGCGAUCAGAGCAGAAGAAACAAGAAGAGUUCCUUAAGCAACAAGCCAAACAGUUAGAAGCCGCUGCCGCUGUAGCUGCUCAGAUGCCAUCCACGCCACACACCGGCGGGGCGUUGCCGUCUCCUGGCCUUAGGCAAAAUAGCGGUAUGAACAACUCGUACGUUAGUCUACCGCGACGAAACGAUGGUAGUGGAUCUAACCGCGACCCGGCCAAUCGGAUCAGCCUGACUAGCGCCUUGCAACCGUUUUUGGAUAACGAAACUCCAACCACCGAACAAUUGAUGGACACUUCCUACUUCAAGAAAUAUUUUCCGGCCGAGACAACUUUUGACGAAGAUAGCAUCCCUGGUCCAAUUGCACCGGGAGGGCACACAACCACUGUAAUGGUCGAAAGGCAUAUGCCGCCUGCUCCGAUUCUUAGUCGAGAUGGAACUGCCUACUGGAAGUCGCAGCCGACCACAAAACUCGAGCAACCAGUGUCGCCGUUUUUUUCUAGCCUCAGUCGAACAACCCCUUACAAAGGAUCGGUGUCACCAAAUACUUACCUUAAGGAUCCACUUAGUAGUAAACCAUUACCGGCAUUCAAUUCGUCAGAUCUGGAAUUAGACAAAGCUAUAACGCAGUUAAAUUAA